AUGUUAGCGGUGCCUCUCUUAAUCUUGGGUCCACGUGUACGGGAAGAGGAAAAUGAACGAUGCGGAGCACUUUGGUGGUUUGAUUUAUUGGCUGCCCAAAUGGAGCGCGCCGGACCUACAUUUAUCAAGCUUGCCCAAUGGAUUGCUUCAAGGACCGAUCUUUUCCCCCAUGCUCUUUGCAUACGCCUAUCAAAGCUCCAUUCACACGUCGACCCUCAUCCUUUUUCAUAUACAAAGCAAGUCCUAGCAGAAGCUUUUGGGAGGGACCUUCAAGAAGUAUUCAGCGAGCUACAAGAAACACCGCUUGGAGUUGGAGCGAUAGCACAAGUAUACAAAGCGAAAAUACGCCCAGACAUCAUCCUCCGCUAUAUGCGUGACCAGUUUGUUAUACAAAACAACGUUGUCACCUCAGAUUGUGUGCAGACACUGGAUUGUGAUGGUAAACCUGUCAACAUACAUACAACUGUCGCAAUUAAGGUUUUGCACCCAAAAGCCAGGGAGAUAGUGGAUCGAGAUCUUAGAAUUUUGGAUUUUCUCGCCAGCGCGUUGACACUGAUACCUACCAUCCACUGGAUAUCGUUACCAGAAGAAGUGAAGGUGUUCGGAGAAAUGAUGCGCGAUCAACUAGAUCUACGCGUUGAGGCAAGAAAUCUACAAAGAUUCAACGAACAAUUUGGUGGCUCUAACCAGGUGACGUUUCCACAACCGGUUCUUGCAUUCACGACAAAGGAUAUGUUGAUCGAAGAGUUCGAAAAUGGAAUACCGCUUAAUGUGUUUCUAGAACAAGCAGCUUAUGAAAGAAAACACGCUGAAACACAUGCUGUGUAUGAUCGAAAGAUUGCAAAUAUAGCAUAUGCUGAUAAUUCACAACUUCGUGCAUGCGGAUUUACACCCAGGCAAUAUCAUGAGGAUGACGGCGACGUCGCAGUUGAACGGAUACUUGCCGUUCGUGGAGACCACGAAGAAAUUCACAGAGAACUCGGCGCUCUCAAUGAUGAAGGUUAUUCGCCUCGUCUAAUUUUCAUUGAUGCGGGCUUGGUAAACGAGUUGAACGAUGUGGACCGUAUGAACUUUCUGGAUCUCUUUCAAGCCAUUGCUGAAUUUGAUGGGUAUAAAGCAGGAGAAUUAAUGGUGGAACGAUGUCGAACACCUGAGCUUGUGAUCGAACCUGAUGUUUUUGCAUUACGCAUGCAAAAUCUUAUACUCGGUUUGAAGCAGAACACUUUUAAGUUAGGCGCUGUUAAGAUCGGCAAUCUACUCCAUAAUGCGAUGAAUAUGGUUCGUGCACACCAUGUCAAGCUGGAGGGAGACUUUGUCAACGUUGUUGUAAGCAUCAUGUUGCUCGAGGGUAUAGGCCGUCAGCUAGAUCCAGACCUUGAUCUAUUCAAAAGUGCGCUUCCUGUGCUUCGGGAUUAUACCAUCAAAGAUCGUGGCAAAGCAGCAAUUGAAGGUGUGAAGGAUGUCCAAGCACAUGGAAGUGCUCCACAUUGGGUAAAAGUAUGGAUGUUCUUGGAGCUCCGUAACUGGUUAUUUCGAAAUACCCGUGAAGAGGAAUGGCUAAAAAUGUGUGACAUCCUUUGCUUCAACAAUUAA